CACAAUGAUAGUACAAUCCAGAAUGCGACCUUGAAGUUGUAAUAUUGGCAACGCUGCAUUCCAAUGACGUUCGGUACGAUUCUUAGAAGGUUUUAUUUUCCAAUUUAUUGUUUUCCCUUGUUAAGACAAAUUUGCACAAACAUUGAAAUGGGGGAACGAUUGUGAGUGAUAACUUAUUUUGAAGCUUUUAAUUUAAUAAUGAAUAGAUGUGAUGACAUUUGCUGGUAUCAUGGAAAAAUCAGUGGCGAAGAAGGCGAACAUCUAUUGUUAAACGACGAAAGGAAAUGUGAUGGUCUAUUUUUAGUUAGAAGCAGCAAUUCAUCUCCUUGUGAUUUCGUUCUAUCUGUUCUACACAACUCUCAAGUAACUAAUUUCCAGAUAAGAAGACAUCAGCAAGACACUUUUUUCUCGAUAGAUGAAUGCUUAAAGUUUCAUGGAAUCGAAACUCUCAUUGACCAUUACACAAAGAACCCUAUUACUGAAUCUGUAGUCUUAACAGAAUAUGUAAAAGGUUUUCCACCCCCUCAUGAUUCCAGGAGAUAUGGUCAAACUAAUUUAUUGCACAGAGCCACUGAUCAAGGUAAUUACACUGUCGUAUCAGAAUUAUUAAAAACGGGUUAUCAUGGAUAUGAAGCGAAAAAUCAAGAUGGACAGACCGCUGUACACAUUGCAAGUAUCAAAGGUCAAAAUGAUAUUUUAAGAAAUCUAAUUCAACAUGGGGUAAAUGUUAAUCUACGGGAUACUGCUGGCUAUACCCCAUUACAUUAUGCUUGUCAGAACAAUUUAUCCUCUACUGUAAGACUUUUAAUAGAAGUGGGGGAAGCAAAUGUUCAAGCAAGAAACACAAUAACAGGGGCUGUGCCUUUGCAUGAAGCAGCUACUCGGGGCCAUAAAGAAGUAAUAAUGGAGUUGUUAAGUCUUAACGCACCUGUCAACCCUAGAACAAAAGAUGGAUUGGUACCGUCACAACUAGCGAGAAAGUUCGGCCAUAUAGAAUGUGCUGAAAUAUUAGAAAAUUACAAAUCUCCUGUGCCAAAAACUGAUAAAAGUGAAUGGUACCAUGGUACCUUGGAUAGACACGAAGCAGAAACUUUGAUUAGGCAAAGUAAUCCCCAAUGUGGAGCAUUUUUAGUUAGAUUCAGCGAUCGGAACAAUGAGAAUGUUUUAACCCUGUAUCACGAGGAUAAAAUCUAUAAUUUCAUUAUAAAACAGCGGAAUGGUUAUCUUUUCAUUGAUGAUGGGCCCAUGUUAGACUCCUUGGAGCAUAUUGUUGAAUACUACAAAUUUCUCUCGGAUGGUCUUCCUACAGUAUUAAUUACACCCGUUCCGCCUCAGCCAAAACCCCCUGUGCCCCAGAUUUCCACAUUGUCCACUUUAAGAAAAAAGAAAAACACAUUAACGAAACCGAAAUUUGAGCUUCCAAAAUCCGAGACCACCGACAACAAUAACGGUUUACCUAGCCCGGAUAUUUUCGAAAGCAUAACGUUCACCAGUGAUUUUGCAAAUUCGAUGAAUAACAACAACGAUAAAGAUGAUAAUGAGGAGGGCUACAUUCCCUACGAAAGAUUAAGACUGGGUAAUUUAAUAGGCGAGGGUGAAUUUGCAUCGGUAUACGAAGGUACUUACUUAACAAACGACAAUGAAGAUUUGCAAGUAGCAAUUAAAACCUUAAGAAGCGAACAAGUUGACCAAGGCAAUAGAGGGGCGUUUUUAAGCGAAGCUCAGGUUAUGAUAAAAUUAAAACACCACUGCAUAGUUAAAUUAAUAGGACUGUCCUAUGGUCCGUCUUUGCUCAUGGUACAGGAACUAGUACCAUUAGGAUCGAUUUUGCAGUAUAUUGAAGGCCACAAAGACGAAAUCAACCCAAACUUCGAAUUCAAAAUAUGGGCGGCCCAAAUUGCUUGUGGGAUGCGGUAUCUGGAGGAUAGCAGAUUUGUACAUAGGGAUUUGGCAGCGAGGAAUAUUCUGCUGGCUUCCAAAGUUCAAGCGAAAAUCAGCGAUUUUGGUCUCUCCAGGGCUUUAGGAACAGAUCAUGAAUAUUACCGAGCAUUGCAGGGUGGUAAAUGGCCACUGAAGUGGUACGCUCCGGAGUCCUACAAUUACGGUCAAUUCUCCCAUAAAAGUGACGUCUGGAGUUUUGGAGUCACGAUAUGGGAAAUGUAUUCAUUCGGAGAAUCUCCCUAUGGUGAUAUGAAGGGUUCUGAAGCGAUAAAGUUAAUAGACAGCGGCGGUAGGCUAGAGCAGCCAGAUGAGUGUCCCGACCAUAUUUAUCGAAUAGUGUUAAGCUGCUGGGAAACGAAAGCAGAGAAUAGACCCUCCUUCAAAGAGCUAGUUGACUUUUUUACCUCGGACUCGGAGUACACAAAUAUCAGGGAAAUUUUACCGGAUACAAACCUUGCGUAGGAAUAUGUGCCAGGAAUUGUUAAAUAUUUUUAAAUUUUACUUUUAUACACUUGUGUAUAUUGUUGACUUAUUUUUUUUUUAUUUAUAUAACGAAUUAAUUGGAUUUUACUGUCGAAAUAUCCGCAUUUUAAACAAUUAUAUAUAUAUUUUUUAAUAAAAACUGUGCA